UCCUAGCUGCCUCUCGGGUGUUGAGAAGCAACCCUCCCGCUGACCUGGGCGUCCUGCCUCCCAGCCCCUGUAAUUAGACUGCUUCCCCACGCCGGGUUUGCUCCCAUUCCUAGGCUUCCCAUGGCUGGGAGGGAUGAAAGGUAGAAGCCUCUGUGAUUAUGGAGAUGACAGCCUGUUAGGGCUCCCAGACACCCAGAUUCAGCCCACCCCUGACUUUGGGGGCCAGGAGACAGCCAUGAUGCUCGACUGGAAACUACUGGGGAUCUUGGUCCUUUGUCUGUUCGCCGGAGGCAUAUCAGGCAGCGGGGACCACCCGUCUCCCCCUCCCACAGAGGCCCCAGAGGAGGAGGGCUCCCCAACAUGGCCUCAGGGGCCCCCAGUCCCCGGUGAACCCUGGCCAGGGGUACCCCCUAUCUUUGAGGACCCUCCACCUCCAGGCCCCAAUCGUCCCUGGAGAGACCUGCCUGACACCGGAGUCUGGCCCCCAGAACCCCCUACAACUAAUCCCCCUGAACCUCCCCGGCCCGACGACCCGUGGCCAGCGGGACCCCAGCCUCCAGAGAACCCCUGGCCACCUGCCCCUGAGGUGGACCACGGACCUCAGAAGGAGCCAGACCUUGACCCGCCCCGGGAAGAGUACAGAUAGUGGCGGUCCUCACCCCCACCGCGCCCAGGCGCCACGCAGGGAGAGCAGCCUGUCCUCCAGGCAGAGUGCAACGGAGCCCUUCUGAUUCCCCUAAAAUUCGCUUUGGGUCAACUCCUUAAUUCCCAUCCUCAUUUCCUCAAUUUUAUUCUGAACCCGGAGGGUGUCGCCUCUUUAGAUCCUUAUCUGUCCCCAUUUCGCCCCCCUGUUUUCCGAUAGCCGAAGCACGCACCUCUACCUCACUCCAGUGCUCUGCCUCCUCCCGCCUCCCGCCUCGGCUCCCGCCUCCUCCCCUCCCUCCCCUACCCCCUCCCCCGCCCCGGGGGCAGGGCUGGCCGCACUGUGCUCUCUGCUGCCAC